UUCCGGAAUAUCUCAAUGGUGUGUUGUUUUGGAUUCCGUCAUUUAGUGUGCCUAAGAUCGUAAUGAGGCUAAAUCACAGAAAGCUGUUGACCUGUCACUUAUGCAGACAAUUCAGGUCAAUCUUAGCACAGAAACAUCCCUCCGCAUCAGUCACUGGGGUCCGAUCCCUCUCUGAUAAUAAGAAGGGAAAUGGUGGCAAUUCAUAUGAAGAUGAUUACAUUUAUGAUGAAGAGGGCAAUGAAAAAAUCCGGCCUGGAGGUGGAAAACCAAGGGACCUGGGUAAAGUUCUCAAAGAUUCCAUAUCCAGAGUCCUCUCCUCAAAGCAGGACAUUCCGCGGACGACCAAUGUGGCUAUCGUUGGAGGAGGAUUGGUGGGGUCUGCAGCGGCCUUCUUCACUGCACACAAACAAAAGAAAAAUGAACACAGUAUUGUUGUCAUAGAAAAAGAUCCCAUGUACACAAGAGCUUCCUCCUCGCUAUCAGCUGGAGGAAUAAGGCACCAGUUUAGUGUACCAGAAAAUGUCCAGAUGUCCAUGUUUACCACAGACUUUCUCAGAAACAUCAAAUUCUUUUUAGGAGAGUUAGAUGAGGCACCUCCUGAUGUGCAGUUUAAUCACCAUGGUUACUUGUUCCUAGCACCUCGAGAGAAAUCUGCAAAAUUGGCUGAACUAGUGAAGAUGCAAAAGUAUUUAGGUGCAGAGGUUGAGCUCUUUUCAGCAGGCAUGCUCAAAGAAAGGUUUCCGUGGUUGAAUCUUGAUGGAAUAGAAGUGGGUUCUUUAGGUUUACAUGGAGAAGGGUGGUUUGACCCCCAUUCUCUCUUGGCUGCUCUAAAGAGGAAGAAUUUAAGUCUGGGUGUCCAGUAUGUUGAUGCUGAAGUUGUGGGAUUUACUAAGAAGUAUGAUAAAAAGGGAGUCUCAGAUCGCUACAUGUUAGCCUCCAUAAUCUCAAAGGAUGCAGAUGGUGCAAUGUAUGAGACAACAUGUGGUCAGGUGGUGAAUUGUGCUGGACCCUGGGCAGCAGAAGUAGCAGAGAUGGCAGGAGUUGGUACAGAACAGGGGCUUCUGUCCAUCCCCUUACCUGUACGACCAAGGAAGAGGUUUGUGUACGUCUUUCACUGUCCUAAUGGCCCUGGUAUCAGUACACCUCUAACUGUAGACACGACAGGGACAUACUUCCGGAGGGAGGGGCUGGGAGGCAUGUAUAUAUGUGGGGCAUCUCCAGAAUCAGAGGCCGAGGAACCAUCUAUUGAUAAUAUGGAUGUUGACUAUGACUUCUUCAAUGAAAAAAUAUGGCCUAGAUUAGCUCACCGAAUUCCAGCAUUUGAAAAUAUCAAGUUAAAAAGUGCUUGGGCAGGUUUCUAUGACUACAACCUCUGGGACCAAAAUCUGAUUAUAGGACCACAUCCAAUGAUACCAAACUUUUAUUUUGCCAAUGGAAUGAGUGGACACGGCCUUCAGCAGUCAGUCUGUAUUGGAAACGCCAUCAGUGAAAUGCUGUUGAAGCGAAAGUACAAAUCUGUGGACCUAAGUAGAUUCUCAUUUGAAAGGAUUAUUGAGGGAGAAAAAGUGUGUGAAGAUUUUAUUGUGUGAUAUCUUAUAUAAUAUCAAUGGCUUUCUUGUGAUCAAAUUUUAUGGAAUUCAUACUAGUCCUUGAGCCAUUAUAUUCAGACUGGUCAUUUAUGGCAAAAAAAUAUACCCAGGGGGUAAUAAUACACUGUACAUUAGUAGAAUCUCGGGCACCACCUAUUUCUGCCGUAGAGAAAUAUUGAGAAGGGAGAUAACUUAAAACUUUGCAUUUGAAGUUGGAAAAAAUUGAAUUAUUCCCCUUUAUAUUGUAAAAAAAAAAGUAGUCUAAGAAAGACAACUCUUGCAUUAAAAACCCUUACCUGUUUCAUUUUUUGCUCAAGAAACAAAGGAUUUUUUCCUUGUCUUAUCAUCAUUUUUGUUGAGAUGUUUUACAAUCAUUACACAGAUUUUUUGUCAGGGAUAUGAUUACUCAUCCUCAAUAUUUUAUGCCAGCAAGUUUUUUAACUUCUAUACAUAAAAAAAAAUGUACUUAAUCAAGCAUAACAUCACUGGUCUGGGAAUUUUGUUAUAAAAAGUCCAUGGUUUAAUAUCAUUAUUCACAUUGAAUGGUGUUUUAAGUUUAUCAGUUUUAACUUUAUAAGAUUUUUUGUUUUCUUUGUUUGUUAGAAUGGGCAUUUUAUAUUUUGAACUAAGAUUUAAUGUAUGCUAAUUUUU